GGCUAAAAUGGUGAAAGACAUAUUUCAUGAUACACCAUGUCUACCUGGACUUUUCUUGGCAUCCUUGUUUAGUGCGUCACUCAGUACCAUGUCAUCUCUAUUGAGUUCUAUGUCAGCAAUUUUCUGGGAAGAUAUCGUCAAACCUCAUGCUAAGCCGAUGUCUGAAAGACAUGGAAUAUAUGUUACACAAUUAUCAGUGUUGCUGUUUGGAGGACUCGCUUUACUAGUAGCCUUUGGUAUAUCUGAUAUCGAGGGACCUAUUUUAAGGAUUCUCGAAAUAACUGGAUCUUGCUUGGUGGGUGCAACCAGCGGUUUAUUUAUACUUGGGUGGUUUAUACCAAGGGCUAAUGCAUUGACCGAUGAAGUAAUCAUUUGA